AUGCAGGAGUGCCACACUGGACUGUGUCUGUCUGUUUACAUCAUUACCUUUGUGCUGGGCUUCCCAGCCAACGUCCUCGCCUUCUACACCUUCUGCAAGAAAGUGAAGCAGAAACCCACACCGAUCGACAUCCUGCUCCUCAACCUGACCAUCUCUGACCUCCUCUUCCUCGUCUUUCUGCCCUUCAAGAUGCAGGAAGUGAUGAACAACAUGCGGUGGAACAUGCCCUACCCCCUCUGCCCGCUGUCUGGCUUCAUCUUCUACCUGACCAUCUACAACAGCACCUUUUUCCUCACUGCGAUCAGCGUGGAGCGCUACCUGGGCGUGGCUUUCCCCAUCCAGCACACCCUGAAGAGGCAACCAGUGCACGCCGUCGCCGCCAGCAUCUUCUUCUGGAUUUUCUGCUUCAUCCACCUCAGCAUUGUGUUCAUCGUGCCCUUUAUCCCCUCUGACAACUCCAGCUCAGGCCACAAUGCCUCUGCCAUUGGUGACGACAAGAGGGAAGUGUGUUAUGAGAAUUUCACAGACAGUCAGCUGAAGGUCCUCCUGCCUGUGCGCCUGGAGCUCUGCGUGGUACUUUUCUGCAUCCCCUUCCUGAUUAGCAGUUUCUGCUACAUCAACUUCAUCAGGAUUCUGUCCAAGCUGCAGCACAUUGGCCGGCGCCGGCGUCUCCGGGCCAUCGGCAUGGCUUUAGGAACACUGGUGGUGUUCGCUUUAUGUUUUGGCCCCUAUAACGUCUCGCACAUUGUCGGUAUUAUUAUGUGGAAAAGUCCCAGCUGGCGAGACAAAGCCCUGCUGUGCAGCACCUUUAACGCUUGUCUAGACCCUCUUAUUUUCUACUUUUCCUCCUCUGCUGUGAGAAAGACCGUGGGUAGUGUGAUGAAAGUGGUUCGGAGACGCCUUAACAGGUGCAUGUCCUGUCACAUGCUCUGGGCCAUGUGUAGGGGGAUUAACAAGACUGCAAAAGAUAAGGAACACAAACAAGAGGAGAUCAAUGCUAUCUGAGCAGACUGAAAGAAAGCCGUGAGCAGCUGCCUUUACUAAUUUUGUAUUUCUUCAUCCCU